UCAAGCUCAGGAAGAUAACUGGACAGAGUUCAACGCAGAAUUUUUAUGCACAGUUCAGCUCAAAUAUGACAAAUAUCACAAUCAUCACCAGCAACAUCACAGUUUCCAACGAGGGGCUACCAGCUAAAGCCGUCCUAUCCAUGACACCGUCUUUUUUCUUCCUCUACAUAAAUGUUGUCAUGCUAAUCACCCUGAGGAGUAAGGCCAUCUUCCGAGAGACCUCCCGCUUGGCCGUGAUGGCUUUGGAGCGGUACAUCGCCAUCUGCUUCCCGCUGAGGCAUGCUGAGAUCACCACAUGCAGAAGGACAGGCAUGGCCAUCGCCAUUGUAUGGGCUCUGGGCUCAGUGCAGUCUUUCACCAGCUUGAUAUGGUUUUUGAUCUCAGGACCGCUUGUCUCCACAUGGGGUUUCUGCUCCAGAUUAUUCAUGCCUGGCCUGGGGGUGUACUCAGACAUAAAUAAUACAUUCACAAUCAUCUACUUCCUGUCAGUGGGGAUCACCAUUGUCUACACAUACAUUGGCAUUGUUGUGGCUGCGAGAUCUGUUUCCUCAAACAAACUUUCAGCUGCUAAGGCCCACAGGACUGUAUUACUGCACCUGAUUCAGCUGGGGCUUUGUCUUUCAUCCAUGCUCUUUGGCCCUAUUAUUGCAGUAGCGCGUGCACACUUGGACCUAUUUGCUGCUGUAAACGUGCAGUAUGUCAUGUUCCUGGGACUGAUUAUCCUCCCCAGGUGUCUGAGCCCGCUCAUAUAUGGGUUGAGAGAUCAGACAUUCAAGCCUCUUUUUAUAUACUACGUCACUUUUGGUUUCAGUACCACCUGUAAAUAGUUAAAGAUAUCAGUAGUGUUUAAAAGUAGUUUAAAAAAAUACCUGCAAGUGUUUCAAAAUGGGUACCAUUACUUUAUUGAGUAAUAUUUAACUGGAAUAUUUGUGUAAUAUUUUGUAUAUUAAUUUGCUUAUUUAUAUUGCAGAUGCUGUUAUCCAUUUCUUUUGUGAAAAGAAGAUAUUUUAUUCUGCAGUAGAUCUAAAAUACUGAAUUUGGUCCUGUGUUUUUAUUUUAACAUGUCUUUUGCUGUACACUGCUCUGUGUCUCUACACUGUGACUGUGGCUGCUUUUUAAAAUGAAUUGUGCCGAAACCUUCUGUUUUCCUCUC